AAUUUUUUCACUGCGCUGAAUCAGUCUUUUUCCGUGCUUGCAUCGAAUCGGAUAUCCGACUGCUAUAUUGGCGCUCCAGGUGGCGCGUAUCUGCGGAUCUGUACUAAUUGCAUUUUUAACUCGUUAGUCAGUUGUUUAGUGAAUAAAUAAUUGUGCCGGAACUAGCUCAGCUGCAGCCUGACAAGUGAUAUCUAAAGAAAACUGCGCUUCAGCCAGUGUCUUGGAGCUACAGGGGCAGUCUAUUAAAAGAAUACACAUGAAUACAUAUACUUCAAUCGCGUUCGCGUAACAAAAACAAAAUAGAUAAAGUAGCUUCAACAAAAAUUAUUACGAAAAUGCGCCAAGAAAAUUAAAAAGUGCAGAUAUAUUUCAACCGUGCUAUAGAGAAGAAGGUAUCUGCUGUUUAUUUAUGUUAUUCGUGUGUGAGGGGGUAGAAACAGCUGUUGAGGCAACAAAAGCGUCAACCAGUUCGGAUACUUCGAGUGUUGAAUACUUUUCGUCAGCAGAGGCAAGAGACAACAAUACUGAGCUCUUCUAUAAAAAGUUUUUCGCUUCCACAAUUUAUAUUCAGAACAUGCAUAAGUCAAAUAGACUUGACUUUAAUUAGACAAAUAACUGAAAUGACUGUGCAUACCUCAUAAUGCGCGUAGCUGUAAAAGUAUUAAAAAAGAACCUCAUAAAUACGUUUCCUAAGAGGCAAAUGCGAAAUUCUGAUUAAAAUAGAAAACAGCUGAUACAGUCCUGCGUCAUGUAUUUUCGGAAAACGCUCCUACUCGCCUGCCUUGUUUUGCUGUUCGGAGGACUCCCGCCUUUCACUUCCCCUGCAACGACAACUACCUUAGUGGCGGCCAUGUCCAUCGCAAAUCAGGACUUGGAGCGUUACUUUAGACCAGGCAACGGCACGCACAGCUUCUCCGGCAUGGAAGAUCGUAUUGCUGUGGACGUAUAUAACUACGCCUUCCUUAACUGGUCGUAUGUUGAGCAUGGCAACAUGCUGUGCAACAUGGAAUUCGCCCAGGAACAGGCUAGAUACGGGGAGGGCAAGGUGUUGAACGUAACGGGACGUUUGGUCCACAUCAGCGCCACGGACAACUUUAGUGACGAUUACGCGUGCACACCAUACAUACGUGGAACCCUGGGAGCACCCACACCAGAUAAGGGGGAGACCUGGAUCGCUUUGGUUCGACGGGGACGCUGCACCUUUGAGGAAAAAGUUAAGCAUGUAUACCAGCAAAAUGCUGCUGGUGUUAUUAUCUACAACGACAAGCAAGUAAUGCAGCUGGAGAAGAUGCAGAUCAAGGGCAAAACAAGAAACAUAGCCGCAGUAAUAACUUAUCAAAACAUUGGCCAAGACCUGGCUAUGACUCUUGAUAAGGGCUAUAACGUAACUAUUUCGAUCAUCGAAGGACGACGAGGUGUUCGCACCGUAAGCAGCUUAAAUAGAACAUCAGUGCUGUUUGUGUCGAUUUCAUUUAUUGUUUUGAUGAUUAUAUCGCUGGUAUGGCUCAUCUUCUACUAUAUCCAGAGGUUCCGUUACAUGCAGGCAAAGGACCAACAAUCGCGCAAUCUUUGCUCUGUUACCAAGAAGGCUAUCAUGAAGAUUCCAACGAAAACCGGAAAAAUCAGCGAUGAGAAGGACUUGGAUAGCGACUGCUGUGCUAUAUGCAUCGAGGCCUAUAAGCCCACGGACACCAUACGGAUACUGCCGUGCAAGCACGAGUUCCAUAAAAACUGCAUAGAUCCGUGGCUCAUAGAGCAUCGAACCUGUCCCAUGUGCAAGCUCGACGUCCUGAAGUUCUAUGGAUACGUGUUUUUAGGCAGCGAGGAAAGUAUUCUGGAAUAUCAGCCUGAUCCCCCGCAGGGUCUGGCAGUUGUGGAGGCACGGGUCGAGUCUGCGGAGCCUGUGGCUGGAUCAGCGCAAACUAGGCCUAGUGCUUUGGCGGACCUUAUUCGAAGCCGCGACUUUGUAGUAGACUUUCCGCGAGUAUUUGUCCUCGACAGCGGUAGUGUUGUGGGAGCCCGCGAAAUGCUGUUCCCGACUCGCUUACCCGAACGAUCUCAGAGCUCCUUAUCGCUCAGACAAGCCCGUGAUUGGAUGAGCCUGAUGAGCAAUAAACUCGAGGAGCAGCAGGGACUGCGCCGCAUGCGCAAGGAUGAAAUGCAGCAGCAACUUCUUAGUGCGCGGGAGUCGGCACGCCACCGGCGAUCGCGAUCAGCGGAUGGGCGCUACUCAACUGGAUGCUUUGGGGGUCGCCAACGCCAGCCUCCUGUGCCGGGAUCUAGCCAAGGUCAGCCGCAGCUCCAUAGCGAAGUCGCCCAGCUGCAGCGCUCCAACUCCUCGCAGGCUUUGCAGCAGUUGACAGACGCCGCCCACGCCCAAUCGCGGCAGCGACAGCGCGAAAGCUUUGACUUCGCCAGGACUCGGCGACGAUUCAUGAGGCGCGAGAGCGAUGAAAUAUCCUUGCGCUCACUUCCUAGGCGAGGAGGAGCCCCUGCGUCCCGCCGGCAGUUGCAUCGGGAGAGAGAGUCAGAGGACAGCGGACACACUGACCAAAUUACCAUUCAGGUAAAUGGGGAAGGUGUGGACCUUAACGAGUGAUUAAACUGCAAACGCUUAAUUGAUGAACAAAUUGUAUUAAAUGUAAUGUAUCUAUUUUAGUAACUUUUAAAAAAUUAUUAGAACUAUGUUUAUUUGACGGUGCAUAUAUGGACUGUCAUACCUCGUUGCACUUCUAAUAAAAUAGCAAAUUAAAAAGGA